AUGCUGCCCACCAAUCAACAACAAAACCUGUCUUUGCUUUCAUCAUCAUCACCAACAAACAACACAACAAACAAUACUGCACAUACGAACACUAAUGGCAAUACAAACAAUAGCCUAUGGAACAGCCUGCAAACGCUGAUGAAUCAAAGCGGAAAUAACAGUAAUAAUCCCUUAUUGCACCAGAUGAAUUAUCUGAUGGCAGCACAAUCAUCACUCCCUGGUACAGGAAAUCAACAAUUACUUAACAAUUUAUUACAAGGACAAUCCAUGAUCAAUAACAACACCAAUUUCAACAACAACAUCAACCAACAAGCUUUGAACCUUGUCGGUAGUAUUUUGAAUUUGGUAAAUUCAGCAUCCCCACAACAGCAGCAACAACAGGCUAGUAGCAACAUCAAUAACAACAACCAGUUGUAUAGUAACAAUGUCAAUAUGCCAACAACAACAUCAGAUCAAAACAAUAACACAUCAUCAUUAUCAAACUCCUCUAUUCUGCAACAAAUUCUUGCGCACAAGUUAAUUCUUUGUGCAAGAAGCAACUAUUUCAAUCAACUGAUACUAACUAAAUGUAAUAAUACUGCUGUUCUUGAAAUUGAGAUUCAAGAUGCUUCUGCAGAUAUUUUCUACAGUAUUUUAGAGUUUGUGUACACGGAUUGUACAGUUUUGAGGUCAGACAAAAUUUGGGAAUUGUUUCAGGCAGCUAAAUUUUAUCAGCUCAUUGCUCUAUUGCAGCAAUGUCAAGAAUUUAUUAUAGGAACGCUUGUGGAUGGAAACGUUUUUCAGCAAUGGACCAAGGCUCAACAAUUUGGAGCCAUCAUGGUUGCAGAACAUUGCCUCCUGUUUGUGAAAACAAAAUUUGAGAAAGCUCUCAAGCUUUUGGAUUUGUACAAUACUUUGGAUAUAUCAACCAAUCAGAAAUUAU